AUGUCGGGUAGCUCUGGAGUUCCACGGCUGCCUAUGAUGGAAAGCCAACAGCAAGGAGGUCCUUCGGUGCGACGAGCCAGAGUGAUGACCAGACUGCAGCAGAUUGAACAUACCUCCAAGUAUAGCGACUGCUUCGCUUUGCUGGACCAGGACGAGGAUGGUCUCAUUGGCCCAGAGGAGCUCAUGGUUGCUCUCUCAUCCAUAGGUCUCAGGCCAGACGCAACUGAAAUCGACGAACUGAUGAAGGAAGUGUCUCAGGGCGGCGGAGGAGGUGAGAUUCCCGGCAUUCAUAAAGAUGCUUUCGAGAAGUUCUUGGAACGCCACUUCACCAGUUCUGUCCACGCUGCACCGCAUCAGGCUGCGGCGACAGAGUUGAAGACUGGAUUUCAACUCCUUAGCGGAGCGAAGCAAUUGGUUGAGCCUAGCGACAUCCGAGUGAUGAUGGCCAAGGUUGGCACGGAGCUGACGGAGGAGGAAGCUGAAGAACUGGUUUUCCAGCAUGAUCGUGCCGACAAAGGUGGACUCACUCUGGAGGAGUUCGUGGCUAUGGUCGCCGAUACUAAUGCAACAGCAGGUCUAGCCAAGAUGAUUUGA